UGAUCGUUCAACAGCUGAGCAAAGCGGAGAACGAACUUAGUUGCAGCGGAUCGCAACCUAAAUACAGUGAAACUAUUUUUUAAUCGUUGCGCGCAAAACAUACCAACAUAAAUUUCGUCUCCGGUUGGAGGUUAUUCGCGCCACUACUACCCGGUCACGACUAGCGAAUCGGAUUGAAAUCAUGAAGUUAUUUCCUAAGGGGCGCUGUUAAAGCCAGCAAAUCGUGUAACGAGCAACCAACCCGAAUAACCCACUUCUCGAUAAGAUAAGAUAAGAUGCGCUGUUAUCGACGGUGGAGCACCCGAGCCGAUCCAGGUACAAUGCAACCGGUCCGAUUAAGGUGCCCAUUUCGACGGUGGUUGGCGAUAGAAGAGAUCGAAGAAUCGACGGCGUCCUCGAAGCUGUCCCCACUGGAAUCAUUAGUUUGUGGUGCGAGAUACAAGGGAAAAUAUCAAGUGCGCAAAAGUGAGUCAUUGCAUCCAAUAGUUCGGAACUCGUGUAAGAAAAUUAGUUCAAUUACCCGAAGGGAAUAGUAAAACGUGAUUGCUAAUACUUAGGACAGUGACAACAGAGUUGUAAUAAAGUGAAUGCCGAGGCAAUUUGUGAUGAGUGAGUGAGAAAAGUUUCCGAUCAUUUAAGGCUCGUAUUAUUAUCAUGAAGAUUGUAGUGAAGUGCACGAUUGUGGCGGUUUGCCUGGGCCUAAUAUUGAGCAGCGCUGCGGCUGCCAACGAGGAAGAAUCCAGUAAAAAUAAUACCGCCGAUAAAAAGGAUAACACAACCGAUGGCAGUGGAGAUAAAACUGCGAAGGAGCCGAACGCACUAUGCGACACGUGCAACUGCAACGUCGAACUGCGAACGUUUGACUGCUCCUCCAUGAAGCUUUAUAAACUGUUCAACAUGAGCGACUGGGCCACACUGAACGACAGCGGAGUUGCCACCGACAUAAUGAUCCUCAGCCGAAACAACAUUCCGGAAGUACCCCAAUUUCCUCAGUUUGACGUGAAAAAGCUCGAUCUGAGCCAUAACAACAUCAGCGUCAUUGCCAAGAAGGCUUUCUACUACCUGUCGAAUCUUGAGGUACUGGAUCUGUCCUAUAAUAUGCUCACCCGCAAAACGUUGAUCCCGGAGAUCUUCGAGGGAAGCUACAAUCCGGACGAGUAUCUACCGCUGGAAAAGCUGCGCGUUCUACGGCUGGACAGCAACCAGAUGCACUCGUUGGAUUCCGAUCUGUUCGAACAUUUGCCCAACUUGGAGGAACUGAGUUUGGCGGAGAACGCGUUCAAGAUUCUGGAUCAGUCGACUGAGAUCGCCAUCGGGAGUCUCAUGACGCUGCGGACGCUGGAUUUGAGCUACAUGGAACUGCUGGAGGUUCCGUCCAGAAUAUUCCACUCUCCGCAGGGGUUGUGGCAUUUGAAUUUGACGGGAAAUUUGCUGACGGCUAUCCCAGAGGCUUUGGACUACGCAAUCAAUCUGAAAUGGCUCAGUUUAGAUGAGAAUCCGAUUGUGGACAUCCAGGGAGAUCAUGUCUUCCCGACGAUCAAGACCUUGGAGUACCUCAGCCUUUCCUACAUAACUCCGCUGAAGAUAAUUGGACGCGGUGCGUUUAGCAAGCUUGAAGGACUCCAGGAGGUACACAUUUGUAACAAUCCGGAGCUGACGCUCCUGCACGGAGAUGCAUUCAACCGACCUAAUGAGGACGAUCCGGUUCGGUUGGAGUGGCCUCGGGUCAAGAAGCUCUACCUGCAUAACAACAAUCUGAGCACGCUGGAUUCGCAACUGUUGGCCCGAUGGGACGACAUGGAGGUGAUCGACAUCCGAGUCAACCCAUGGCAGUGCGAUUGUGACAACCAGUGGAUGGUGGAAACGCUGCUACCGAUCGUCGAGAAGAAGACCCCCAAACUUAUGAACAGUAUUGUCUGCGCCACUCCGGAGCAGAUGAAGGGCCUGUCGAUGCUGGAUUUGGAGCACAAGCACAGUCAGAUGCGCUGCCUGGACAAGUACGGUAACCGACCGCAGAACGACGGUGCUCUGCUGAUUGGUUUACUUAUCGGGAUCCUGGCCGGUAUCCCGCUUACGGCCGCCGUCAUCCUUAUCUACAAACGGGGCUGCUUCGGACUGUUCCGCAGGGGACCGGCUGACUACUCGCGGGCCUUCUACACCCGUUCCGCCAAUGAUGAUUACUGAUUCAACGGUGCCAAAAAGCUACAAAUACACAAUGCCUUAUCGGCAGAGGGGCUCCCAGUUAGGAAAACAAAUGCCAGUGCCAUCUAAGUCAGGGUUUGUGAUGACAUUUUCGUUACCAUUCACUGUGGUAUUUACAAAUCAAUAGCAGUAGGACAAAAAAUCAUCCAUUACUUUCCGUUUUUUGUUUAGAGUUAAGAAGCGUGUAAAACAGUCAAUAGAUCCUCAAUAAAGUAUUUAACGUUUCAGACACAGAAAGGUUUUUAGGACAAGAACACACAAA